AUGAGUCAAGCACUCAGCCCGCAGUCGCAGUCGCAGUCGCAGUCGCAGUCGCAGUCGCAGUCGCAGCAGAUUGUCCAGUCGAUACAGUCGCAGUGCGCCCUCGAUGACCCGGCCAAUAUCUGGUCUUUCCGGAGCCCUCGCUACAAUGGCGAUGCAAACGACGACGAUGCCGACGACGUAAUCCAUCAUAAUGAAAAUCUCGCCCUCCACGCCACAAACACACUGUCCACAAUCGCUGUGAACAAGCCCCGCGGGGAGCUUACGGUCGUGAUACUCGAGGAAGUCGCGGUAUUGGCCCAGCUAGGGCUCCAUGUCGCCAUCCUCAUCAUCAACGUCUGGGGCCGUCAUGGAAGAAUCGCGGCUAUUGCUAGUGUCGCCGUAUGGGCCUACAUCGCCACCCUGGCCUCACUACGCCUGCUCUUCUCUAGCACAAGUAGAUUUUCUUUCCCCAUGCUAUGGUAUCACACUGCCUUCAUCUACGGCUUCCAGUGGCUCUUCAGCGUCCUGCUGUUUCGAUCGGCCAUCAUACACCCUCGCUCGCACAUACACCAGAAGCUUAUGAUCGGCGACUUCGCUCUCGUUUCACUACUGUUUCUCAUCUCGCUAUGCUCUAGGAAGGGUAACAAGGCAGUAGAAUUGGAAUAUGAAGGGGAUAUUGCACCAGCCCGUGAACCUGUCGCAAGUGUCUUCUCGCUCGCCACGUUCAGCUGGGUGGAUCCUAUCGUCUGGACGGGAUACAUGAAGACAUAUGAGCUUACCGAUGUUUGGAACCUGCCUGCAAAAGACAAGGCUGCAGCCGUCAUUGCGAACUACCGCCAGGUCAAGAAGACAUCGAGCCUAGCCUACCACUUGCUCAAGCAUUUCAAGCGCGGCCUACUUAUUCAAGCAGGAUGGGCUGCCAUGUCCGGCUUCCUUACUUUUGCACCGACGCUGCUCCUCAAAGUUAUUCUCGAGUACGUUGAGAAGCCCGACCUUACACCUGCAAAUGCUGCCUGGUUCUACGUCAUUUUACUCUUCGUCUCUGGUAGUUUAUCCGCACUGGCCGACGGCCAGGCCCUCUGGCUUGGUCGCAAGAUCUGCAUUCGACUACGCGCUGUCAUCAUUGGCGAAAUCUACGCAAAGGCACUCAAGCGUAGAGCAGCGGCUACGACCGACAAGGUAUUGGGCGAAGAAAAGAAAAAACAGGAGCAGGAAGACGAGCCCAAAGGAUUGAAGCGCUUUUUGAACUUUGGGAAGAAGAAGAAGAAGGCUGCCACCACGGCCAAAGACGGAGAAGAAGCGAAACCAGCAUCGGAUGCUCAGGUCACCACCGGCGCCAUCAUCAACCUCAUGGCUGUGGAUGCCUUCAAGGUCAGCGAGAUCUGCGCUUAUCUACAUUUCCUGUGGGCGAACACUCCAGUUCAAGUCGUCGUAGCCGUUUACCUACUUUACCGCAUCUUGGGGUAUAGCUCAAUUGCUGGUAUUGGGACUAUGAUCUUUCUACUCCCGAUCAACAUGUAUGUCGCGGGACAGUUUUCCAAGAUCCAGAAGCUUAUCCUUGCUGCUACCGAUGCGCGUAUCCAUACGACCAACGAGGUCCUAACCAACAUCCGGAUUAUCAAGUUCUUCGCCUGGGAGCAGCGCUUCAUUGGUUUGGUGAAUGAGAAGCGUUACGUUGAGCUGAAACAUCUCCGUCGUCGGUACAUACUGUGGGCUGUAGCUGCCACUAUUUGGUCAGGCUCACCUGUAUUGAUCACGUUUCUGUCAUUCUUAGUCUACACGAAUGUCGAGCACAAAGCUCUGAUCCCAUCUGUCGCCUUCACUGCUCUUUCACUCUUUCAGAUUCUUCGAAUCCCUCUGGACCAGCUUGCCGAUAUGGUCGCGCACGUCCAAGAAUCGAAAGUGUCCGUCGACCGUAUUGAGGAGUAUCUAUUGGAGCCCGAAACAGACAAAUACUCGCAACUUGUCACCGAGAAGAAGGAUGAAGACGGCGAGCCCAUCAUUGGAUUCGAAAAUGGUACAUUCAGCUGGGGUGGUACCGACAUGGCCGACCAAGCAGCUGCAGACGCGUUCAAACUCAUGGACCUGAACCUGAAUUUCCACGUCGGCAAACUGAACGUCGUGGUGGGACCUACUGGUUGCGGAAAGACUUCACUGCUCAUGGGACUGCUUGGCGAGAUGACAAAGCUCAAGGGCGAUGUUUACUUGCCCGGAGGGGCCAGCCGAGAAGACUUGACACCGAACCCUGACACGGGACUCACGGAAAGCAUAGCCUACUGUGCUCAACAAGCCUGGCUGGUGAACGGUACUGUCAAGGACAACAUUGUGUUCGCAAGUGAUUGGGACCAGAAACGCUACAACGAUGUCAUUGACGCAUGCUCCUUGAAGAGGGAUUUGGAGAUUCUUGACGCUGGUGACGAGACAGUGGUAGGUGAAAAGGGUGUGACCCUUUCCGGAGGCCAGAAGCAACGCAUCUCGCUUGCUCGUGCGCUCUACAGCAAAGCCCGGCAUGUACUUCUGGACGAUGUUCUCAGUGCUGUUGACGCCCACACCGCCAAAUGGAUCUUCCAAUACGCGCUCCACGGCCCUCUCAUGGCUAAUCGCACUUGCAUCUUGGUCACGCACAAUGUCAGCCUUUGCUUGCCACACGCUGAGUUUGUGGUGGCACUCGAAAACGGGCGGAUUGUCGCGCAAGGUACAGCAGACGAAGUCAUCAAAUCUGGAAAACUCUCGGAGGACCUCACCAAAUCGCGGCCCGCCUCCCGUGGAACGUCAAAAUCUCCUUCCCAAGCUCUCUCGGACGAAGAAACAGACGGCGAAGCCGACCAUACUAACGGAGACGCCAAUGUCACCCUCAACGGCAAACCGGAUAAGAAAAAGAUGCCAGCUAGCAACUCACAGGAAGAGACAAAGGCCGAAGGCGGUGUCAAGCUAAGCAUUAUUAUGAUGUACCUGAGGGCUAUGGGCCCAUGGUACUAUUGGCUUGGUGCUACCAUUGCCUUCGUCGCUGCGCAAAUUUCGUCGGUCUCUACAAACUUGUGGAUUCGCACUUGGGCAAACGCAUACGCAGACAAGGGUUAUGCUGCGAUGGGUAGCCACCAUCGGUCUCCGGUCACGCAUGUUCCAACUCUGAGCGGAAUGGGAACUUGCCUGAAUAGCGCCACUUGCAGCUGGAAUUUCCCGUUCUUUGCACAACAAGAACAACAGUCAUUUUCUUACAGCCCCAUGCAAACGACCUUUGGAGCUUCUGAAUCGGACGUCAACUCGGUCUACUUCCUUGUCGUAUACGCUGUGCUUGGACUGAUCUUCAUGUUGAUUACUUUCCUACGAGAAGGCUUCCUUUUCGGAGGAUCCCUUGCCGCAUCCCGACGCGUGCAUGAGAGGCUCAUCCAGAAAGUUACGCAUGCCAAAUUCCGCUUCUUCGAUCAAACCCCUCUCGGUCAGCUCAUGAACCGGUUCUCCAAGGAUAUCGAGGCUGUUGACCAGGAAGUAGCACCGGUCGCCAUAGGUGUCGUCCACUGCUUCGCCUCCAUUAUUACGAUCGUUAUUCUUAUCUCGGUCAUUACACCUGAAUUUUUAAUUGCCGCCUUUUUCAUAUCCAUCAUCUACUUCCUCAUCGGCCGCUUCUACAUCAACUCCUCGCGCGACCUCAAGCGCUUGGAGUCUGUCCACCGAAGCCCAUUGUAUCAACAGUUUGGCGAAACACUGUCCGGUAUGACAACUAUCCGAGCCUAUGGCGACGAGCGACGCUUCAUUCGCGAGAACUUGAACAAGAUCAACACCCAACAUCGGCCCUUCAUCUACCUUUGGGCAGCUAACAGGUGGCUCGCCUUCCGAGUAGAUGUUGUUGGCGCUAUGGUAGCAUUCUUUUCUGGAGCUUUCGUUGUGCUAAGCGUUGGACGCAUCGAUGCAGGCGCCGCUGGUCUUGCACUAACUUACGCUGUCACUUUUACCGAGAACGUUUUGUGGUUUGUCCGACUCUACUCUGCCAACGAGCAAAAUAUGAACUCUGUCGAGCGUGUUAAGGAGUAUCUCGAUGUCGACCAGGAAGCACCAUCUGUCAUCCCUGCAAACCGGCCGCCCUCCAACUGGCCGAGUAAGGGGUCGGUGGAGUUUAUCAACUACAGCACGCGAUACAGGGCCGAUUUCGAUCUCGUACUGAAGCACCUGACGUUCAAGAUUCUACCCGGAGAGAAAGUGGGUGUCGUUGGAAGAACAGGUGCGGGCAAGAGUUCAAUGGCGCUUGCAUUGUUCCGAGCUCUAGAGGCCGAACAGGGCAAGAUUUUGAUCGACGAUAUCGACAUUGGUUUGAUCGGCCUCCAUGAUCUGCGGGAGAAUGUGGUUAUGGUACCGCAAGAUCCGACACUAUUCACGGGCACUAUUCGAAGCAACCUCGAUCCCUUUUCCAUCUUCACAGAUGAGGAGAUAUAUACUGCGCUCCGUGAGGUCAACCUUAUCUCGACUCUAUCCCGGCCGACAUCUGGUAUCGCUACACCCACGGAAGAAGCUACCCCACGUCGCGCUAUCGAGAUUCCUAUUCCUCCAACGGGCGCCGUGACGACCGAAGUGAACUCAAGCUACUCAGCUGCAACGACAAACCCUGGGUCUAUCUUGGCAAAGUGCGAUUGGGACCGCGGCGAGACACAGGACGACACUAUCGUAGUGAUGCCUAAUGGGCAUGUCGCGGGCCGUGACGAUGCAGCAGCGGCAGCAGCGAUGGAGACGGACAACAAGAACCCAUUCAAGAACCUCAACUCGCCAGUCUCCGAAUCGGGAUCCAACCUGUCGCAAGGUCAACGACAACUUCUCUGCCUCGCACGAGCCCUCCUCAAGGCCCCCAAGGUCUUGCUCAUGGAUGAAGCCACCGCUUCCAUCGACUACGCCACCGACGCCAAGAUUCAAGAAACUAUCCGUCAGAUCAAGAACACGACCAUUACGAUAGCGCAUCGUCUCCAAACAAUCAUCGACUACGACAAGGUUCUCGUCUUGGAUAAGGGCGAGAUUCUGGAAUACGGCCACCCGUACGACCUCAUCCGCAUAGCAGAUGGCUCUUUCCGAUCCAUGUGCGAGACCAGCGGAGAACUAGAAGCUUUGACAAGCACGGCAAAGACCGCAUAUGAAACAAAGCACUCGCCAACCGAAGAGUAA